AUGUCGAAAUCGUUCUUGUCGAUAGUGAAACCAUCAGCAUUCCGCACCUUGCUCCAAUCAUCCACCACACCAACCGCAUCAUCAUCAGCAGCAGGCACGUCAACACCACUCCAACCACCACAACCACAGCAACACCGCACCAUUCCCAUCGAUGCAACGUGGUUCAUGCCCAAUUCCGGCCGGAACGCCCACGCGGAAUACGAAGCAGAACGCAUCCCGCAUGCACGCUUCUUUGACCUCGAUAAAUACUCGCGCGACUCACCUUAUCCUCACAUGUUACCAACUCAACAAAUCAUGACGCAGGCGUUUCGCGAAUUGGGGAUUCGUCCGGGGGACAAUUUGGUCGUAUACGAUAAAGUGGGUAAUUUCUCUAGUCCUCGCGCUGCGUUUACGCUUCGGUUAUUCGGUCAUGAUCGCGUUUACUUGUUGGAUAACUAUGUCAAUUAUAAGAACUAUGAUUAUCCCUUGGAUUUGAACAAGCCGAAUUUCGAACAUCUCGAGAAUAAGAAUGAUGGACGCGAUGGAGAGGCGGCGCCGGUGGCCGAGGUGGAUCAUGGCGAGAUGAGCGCCGAGCAAUUUCAAGAGAACUACGAUCGUGAAGUUAUCGAAUAUGAGGAAUUGGAAAAUUUGGUCGACGAGGGGGAGAUUGACCAAUAUUUGGUGCUCGAUGCGCGCUCGCGUGAGAGGUUCACGGGCGAGACAUGCGAGCCGCGUCCCGGCUUGAGUUCGGGCCACGUCCCCACGGCGAAGAAUUUGCCCUUUACCAAGUUUCUCGACGCUGAGCAGAACAAUCAGUUCAAGACGCGAGAUCGGAUCGAGGCGGAGGUGAAGGAGUGCGUGGGCGUGGCGGAGUUGGCGGAGUUGAAGCUGUUGUAUCCGCGAGGCAUCAUUGUCAUGUGUGGCACGGGUGUCACUGCGUGCAUCUUGAAGUUGGGGUUGGAGAACGUGUUGAAGGUGAGGGAGUUGGGGGUGAAUGUGAGGUUGUAUGAUGGGUCGUGGACGGAGUGGGCCAUGAGGGCACCCGACAAGUUUAUCAUCAAGGAUGUAUAA